AUGAACAAGCUUGCGCCAAGCCCAGCCCGCAACUUAUCUGCCAGACCUCCAAUGGACCCUCCGUCGCCAAUCAUCCAACAACGUGCUCGUCAGACCGCCUCGCAACAGCCCAACCAAGACAUCAACCCAAGUUACCCAACACAUCGCCCACGCCUUUACUUGCUUUCGCUCUCGCCUUGA